UCAUUGUCCCGGUCCCAGUAUAAAAGUGGGCUGAGGCCGGGCGUGUGCCAGGCUCAACGGCUCGCACGAGCUGAUCCAGAGCAAUAUAGUCGCGUGCCAGAACUACUGGUCCAGACCUAGUCCUGCUGGAUCUACUCCAAGACCUCCUGACCGCAUCAGAACCAAAUCCGAGCGCACCGAAAUGGACCCCGUUUUUUCCGAUACCGACACCAGCUGCGACCUGUUCCCGCACACCGAUGACGAGGACUGCCGCGGCAGCGUGGGCGGCGGGUCCCCGCAGCCUGAGCACCAUCAGCUGCAGCAGAAGAAGCGGCGCCGCGGCAGAGGGCGCAGCGACGCCACCGCGCAUGUGGUAAAGAAGAACCGGCGGCUGAAGGCCAACGAUCGCGAACGGAACCGCAUGCACAACCUAAAUGACGCACUGGAUGCGCUGCGGGGCGUCCUGCCGGCCUUUCCUGAUGAGACCAAACUCACUAAGAUCGAGACUCUGCGUUUUGCGCACAAUUACAUCUGGGCUCUGUCAGAAACCAUCCGCAUCGCGGACCUGCAGGCAGGAAAGAGCGGAGACCCUCCUCUGCUGCUCAGCCCCUCUCUUCUGACGGAUAGCUCCAGCCCUGGAAGUGACGGCUGCUCCUGGAGCUCCAGCGGCUCCUCAUCCUCCUCCUCCCCGGCUUAUUGCGCAUCAAGCCCCGGCAGCCCAGCCGCGCCGGAGGACUACCGCUUUCUGCAGCAGGAUCCUGUGUUCGGCUUCCGCAGCUUCGCUCCGGGCAUCUACUGAGCUCUGAGUAGCAGGAACAGGUGGAGGAAACAGAGACAGGUGACUGAGCAUCCCACAGCAGAAGAACCCAAGUUUGCCUUACGGAACUGAAGGACUCAAAUGAGAACUUUAUUCCUCAUGUUUUUGAGUUUGUGUUGUACUCUGAAAAUCUUUGCACUUUCCUCCCUCAUCCCCCCAGCAGUGUGCAGAUUACAGUCACGUUUACAGCGCCUCCUAUUCUCCUCCUCCUCCUUCUUCUUUUAGAGGUGAAAAGUCAACUUUACAAUUUGUUGAGCGGUGGAGCAGAAAACCGAGCGUGGAAAUCCAGUUUCUGCGCUCAGACAAAAGAAUGAAAGAAGCGGCCCCCAUCCAUUAUCCCCCCCACUCUCACAGACUGCGCCCCCUCCCUCAAUUGUUGUUUUAUUUAUUUUGUUUUUGUUACAUGAAAAGUUGUAUUAUGUACAUAAAGAGAUUUUUAUUCUAUUUACUGGAACUUUUCUACUUUUUCUACUGGAAAAAAUAAAGUUUUA